AUGACUCAGAAGCCCCAGAAGGCGAAGAAGCCCGCCGCUGCUGCUGCAGCAACAGCAGCAGCAGAAACAGCAGCAGCAGCAGGCGAUGCGGCAAAUUCGAGCAAAAAGCAAAUAAAAUCGACUAAGAAGACAAUUGCAAAGAUGUCUGCAGCAAACAAAAAGAGCAGCAGCAGCGACAGCAGCGCGAAGCUGCGGAAGGAGAAGCAGCAGCAAAAGAAGAAAAUCGAAGGAAAACGCAAAAGCCAGCCAGCAGACGUUGCAGCAGCAGCAGGUGCAGCAGACGCAGCGGCAGCAGACACAACAGCAGCAGCAGCAGCAGAUGGAGUUUCUCGGAAGCGGCAGCAGGCCGUGUCUGCAGCUGCUGCGGAUUUGAAGCGCCAGCGACGCAGCAGCAGCAGCGGCAGCAGCAAAGGCCACGCCUUCCUGCUGUUCGCGCUGCGCGAAGUUGCUGCUGCUGCAGCAGCAGCAAUGCACGGCUACCGCCUCUUCGGCCGCACUCUCGUGUGUCUGCUGCAGCCCCCGGGGGCUGUGGGGCCCCACGUCUUCGCCCGCGGCUACCCCCCCCGCAGCAGCAGCAGCAGCAGCAGCAGCAGCAGCAGGAGGCCGCGGCUGCUGACGAGCCGCGACAGGGCCCGCCAGGAAGCAAAAAGCUACCGGAGGAAAGCGGCGCAGCGGGUGUCCGCGCGGGGUGUACGUACACUCCAACUCCGCAUCAAAAAGAAACUCAAAGUCCUCAACCAACUUGGAUUCCAAACUGAAGACUUCCAGCAAGUCCUUUUCCCUCCAGCAGCAGCAGCAGCAGCAGGAGCAGCAGCAGCAGCAGGAGGAGCAGCAGCAGCAGCAGGAGCAGCAGCAGCAGCAGGAACAGCAGCGGCGGCAGGUCAGCGCAGCAACUUCGGCGCCUGGCUGCGGCUGGAAAGGGAAAACAAAGAAAAGGAGAAAAUAAAAAAGCAGCAAAAAAGAAAAGAAAAAAAUGAAAAAAGAAAAAGUGAAAACAAAUCCAAUUCGAAGCCGCCCACGCCGCAGCCGUGA